CAAAUCCUCACCCGGAGCCCGUUUGCCGGCUUCGUGGUGUUCCUGGCCAGCUAGCGGCUGAACAAGUUCUACUCGCAACAAGGCACGGCAAUCAGCCGCGCGCGGUUGCAGGCGGCGGACGAGCGCAUGGGGCUGUUCAGCGAGCUUGUCGCGUCGAUCAAAUUCGUCAAGUUCUUCACGUGCGAGACGAAGUGGACGGCGAAGGUGAUGGCAGCGAGAGAGGCAAGUGGUUGGCUAAACGCGCAUGGUGGAUAUCUUUACUCCUGCCCCCUGCGCUCAACGAGAAGCGCGUGCAGAUUCCCGUGAACGCCAGUCUGUCUGAGUCCGACAAGGCGUAUAUGGUUCUUG